AGCCCCGCCCCUCUCCAAGCUAUUAAACAGCCAUGUGGACAGCAUCAAGGUUCAGUGUUUGCAAGCACCUAAAGAGAGGGAGGAAGAGAGGAAUAAGCUUCUCUACAUCACAUGCACAGGAGUAUAAGAGAUGGGCAACAACUUCAAGUCUUUUCCUACCUACCAGGGACCUGCCAGAAGUGCAGAUGGCCUCCAAUCCCAGUCACAAGCUAAUGCUGAGAGGAGGUCUGAUUCGGCAGUCUUGCUCUGGGAUCUACCAUUUUCUCCCGAUGGGACAGCGAGCUCUUGACAAGCUCUCCCAGUUAGUGCACUCCGCCAUGGGACGUAUCGGAGCCCAGAAAAUGGCAAUGCCUUUCCUCACACCAGCUACACUCUGGAAGAAGACAGGUCGCUGGGACUCGGUCGGCCACCAGCUGUUCAGGUUGAAGGACUGGAGGGGCACGGACUACUGUCUCGGACCAACACACGAAGAGUCUGUGACGGACCUAGUCAAACAAGAGCUAUCGUCUUACAGGCAGCUCCCACUCAGGCUCUACCAGCUUGACAGAAAGUUUCGAGACGAGGAGAGACCGCAGUAUGGCUUGCUCAGGUGUAGAGAGUUCUGGAUGAAAGAUUUGUACACAUUUGAUAGGACACCAGAAGCAUCACUGGACACUUAUCAUCAAGUGUGCAAAGCAUACGAGAACUUGCUGCUCAAUCAACUCCAGCUCCCUGCACUAAAAGUGCAAGCGGCUACUGGUGACAUUGGAGGCAACUUGUCGCACGAGUAUCACCUCCCCUCUCCUAUAGGAAUGGACACUCUGAUCACCUGUCAGAGGUGUGGAGUGGGGGCCAGUGGAGAGUUGCUUGAUGACAUGCACUCCUCGAAGCUACCAAACUGCCCACAAGAAGGAGAACACUGUGACCUGAACUCAUGCAAGGGAAUUGAGAUCGCCCAUUCUUUUCUCUUGGGAACAAAAUACUCCUCUGCAUUUGGUCUCACAUACAAGGAUUCUGGCGGGAAUAAAACACUGGUUGAGAUGGGUUGCUAUGGUGUUGGAGUGUCUCGACUACUGGCAGCUGCUCUGGAGGUGGGCUGCGAGCGAGGUGGUGGGGAGAGACUCAUCUGGCCUCGUCCCAUUGCACCGUUCCACGUCUGUGUACUUCCAUACGUUCAUGACCCAUCGGACCCUCUCAUGAGAGUGUGUGAGGAGCUGUGUGCCUUGCUCGAGGGUGUGUGUCCAGGGGAGGUGGUGCUGGAGGACAGGACUCACCUCACACUGGGUGCUAGGAGGAGGGACACAGAGUUGGCUGGCUAUCCUAUCACUGUCGUUGUCGGCAAAAAGACUCCCGAGGAUCACUAUGAGCUGAGUAUCCAAGGAGACUAUGAAUGGACCUCCCACACAGUCAACAAAGAAACACUCCUAGACAUGAUCAAAACUUCAUACUUGACAGUUUCGUAAUGAGAAACUGCCUUUAUUAUCAGUCUAGCAGAAUGCCUUACAGUAGCUGUAGUUUGUACAAACUAUUCAUUUCAUUUUUGUAAUUUUGUUCCAUGGUUCAGUGAUAUUAUAAUAAAAAUAUUACACACAAAA